UUGGCUGCCUAUCGGUUGCUGGGUAACCGCGUCAGGGAGGAGCCGACGCUGUUGUACAAGGGCGCGGGGACCCACAACGACAGCUGUCCCUGAGGAACCCUGGUCGCCGGGAAUUGAAGUGGAAGACAGUCUGCAUUUCUCGUGUGUGGUCAAGAAGGAGAAAAUUCUCCCCAGGAGAGGGAGCAUUUUGUAGGUUUUUCAGGGUUUGAGGUGCUUUCUAUGUUUUGCAGCCAUGCCCCAGAAACAGACUCGUAAGCAGAGUAUCAGCACCACCAGAGGAGCCAGGAAAAGAGAUGAAGAUUCAGGGACUGACGUGGGAGAUGGAACUGAUGAGUGGUCCCAAUCCAGAGCCACAGUUCGACCCCCUGACCAGCUGGAGUUGACUGAUGCAGAGUUAAAGGAAGAGUUCACUCGCAUCCUGACAGCCAACAACCCACAUGCACCCCAGAAUAUUGUCAGGUACAGCUUCAAAGAAGGCACAUACAAAGCUAUUGGUUUUGUGAACCAAAUGGCCGUUCACUUCAGCCAGGUGGGGAACCUGAUUCCCAAAGACUCUGAUGAAGGGCGGCGACAGCAUUACCGAGCAGAGCUGGUGGCAGGGUCACAGGAGUCUGCUAAGGUGGUGACUUCAGAAACAGAAGUCCUUGAAGAGGAAGAAGAACCCAAAGAGGCAGAAACUGAAGCUGGCAGUCAAACAGAUGUGCCUGCUGCAGCUGAGACAGCUGAAAAGGUGGUUGAAGAACUGAUGGUACCUGUGCAGCCCAAGGAACGGAAACUCACCAAUCAGUUCAACUUCAGCGAGAGAGCAUCACAGACCUUCAACAAUCCCCUCCGGGAUCGAGAAUGUCAGAUGGAGCCUCCACCGAGAACAAACUUUUCAGCCACAGCCAAUCAGUGGGAAAUCUACGAUGCCUAUGUAGAUGAGCUUGAGAAACAGGAAAAGACCAAAGAGAAGGAGAAGACAAAGACUCCGGUGGCUAAGAAAACAGAGAAGAUGGCCCUGAGAAAACUGACAUCUAUGGAGUCCCAGAGUGAUGAUAUCACCAAAGUGUCCCAAGCUGCUAAAAUUGUGGAGCGAAUGGUCAACCAAAAUACAUAUGAUGAUGUUGCUCAAGAUUUUAAGUACUAUGAGGAUGCUGCUGAUGAAUACAGGGACCAGGAGGGUACGCUGCUGCCUCUCUGGAAGUUUCAAAAUGACAAAGCCAAGCGCCUGGCCGUCACCGCCCUCUGCUGGAAUCCAAAGUACAAGGAUCUCUUUGCAGUGGGACAUGGCUCCUAUGACUUCAUGAAACAGAGCCGGGGCAUGCUGCUGCUCUACAGUAUGAAGAACCCCAGCUUCCCAGAGUACAUCUUCAGCAGUGAGAGCGGCAUCAUGUGUCUGGACAUGCACGUAGACCACCCCUACCUGGUGGUUGUGGGCUACUAUGAUGGCAACGUGGCCAUUUACAACCUCAAGAAACCUCACUCACAGCCCUGCUUCCGUAGCACCUCCAAGUCUGGCAAGCACACGGACCCUGUAUGGCAGGUCAAAUGGCAGAAGGACGACAUGGACAACAACCUUAACUUCUUUUCUGUGUCAUCUGAUGGCAGGAUUGUGUCAUGGACCCUCGUAAAGAGUGAGCUGGUUCACGUAGACGUCAUCAAGCUGAAGGCAGAAGGGAGCAGCACCACAGAUAUCCCCGAGGGGUUGCAGCUGCACACUGUAGGCUGUGGCACCGCCUUUGACUUCCACAGGGAGAUCGACUACAUGUUCCUGGUGGGCACAGAGGAGGGGAAAAUCUACAAGUGCUCUAAAUCCUACUCCAGCCAAUUCCUGGACACCUAUGACGCUCACAACAUGGCUGUGGAUGCUGUGAUGUGGAACCCUUUCCACACCAAGGUCUUCAUGUCCUGCAGCUCUGACUGGACCGUGAAGAUCUGGGACCACACCAUCAAGACCCCCAUGUUCAUUUAUGACCUGAACUCAGCCGUGGGUGACGUGGCCUGGGCACCAUACUCUUCCACAGUGUUUGCAGCAGUCACCACAGAUGGGAAGGCCCAUGUGUUUGACUUAGCUGUCAACAAGUAUGAAGCUAUCUGCAACCAGCCUGUGGUGGCCAAGAAGAAGAACAAGAUCACCCACGUACAGUUCAACCCCAUCCAUCCCAUCAUAAUUGUGGGCGAUGACCGUGGGCACAUCACCUGUCUCAAGCUCUCUCCCAACCUGCGAAAGAUGCCAAAGGAAAAGAAGGGUCAGGAAGUGCAGAAGGGCCCCGCUGUGGAGAUCGCAAAGCUGGACAAACUGUUAAACGUCGUGAGGGAAGUUAAAACCAAAAUUUGACCGUCUGGCCCGGCCCCGCCUCAACUCAACGUGUACAGCGCUCUGCCUGGGCGUCAGGGUGCCUAAGCACCCAGGAUGUACCCUCCCUGACCAAGUCCUAGGAUUUGCUUCCCACAUUCUAGUGCUUAUGGUCACAGCACCUUCUCCGUGACUUGACUCUCACCCUUCAUCACACUCCCUUUACACAAAUAAACCUGUUCGAAAACUCA